AUGGCGAAUUCAUGGAAACCACAGAUUGAACCAUUUUCACAACUUAUUCAAAUUCUUAGAGACUCUAUUUCUGAAGAUUCAGCACCUAGAAAUGAAGCGAUGAAGUAUCUAGAAGAAGCACAAAAAGUCCCAGAUUUUAACAAAUAUUUAGCAAGUAUUUUUAUAGAAGCAGACAAGUUGGACAUUUCUAUCCGUUCAGCAGCAGGGUUACUUCUUAAAAAUAACAUUAGCAUGUUUUUUCCUCAAAUAUCAGAUGACGUUUUAAUUUAUCUUAAAGAAGCAUCUAUUAGUGGUCUUUCAGAUACUCAACAACUUAUUCGGAGUAUUUCUGGUAAUUUAAUCACAACAAUUAUUAAGAAAGGAGGUAUUAUGAAUUGCACAGAAAUUCUUCCAAAACUUAUGCAAAUGCUCGAAAGUCCGGAUAUUUUAACACAGGAAGGAGCCUUUAGUGCUAUGGCAAAAAUAUGUGAAGAUUCUUCUCGUGAAUUGGACCAGGAAUAUAACGGAGAGCGUCCUUUAAACUUUAUGAUUCCUAAAUUUCUUUCUUAUACAGAUUCAGAAAAUCCGAAAAUUAGAGCAGACGCAUUUUUUUGUCUUAAUCAAUUUAUCUUAACUAGAUCACAGUCACUUUUUGCUCAUAUAGAUACAUUUCUUGCAAAGCUUUUUCAAUCAGCAACAGAUAGCACGCCUGAUGUGAGAAAAAAUGUUUGUCAAGCAUUAGUCAUGCUUCUUGAUGUAAAAUCUGAUAAAAUUCUUCCAUCAUUUAACAGCAUUGUUGAAUAUAUGCUUUAUUGCACAUCUGAUUCAGAAGAACAUGUUGCAUUAGAAGCUUGUGAAUUUUGGUUAGCUGUUGCUGAACAGCCAGAGCUACAGACACCAUUGGAACAGUAUCUCGAUAGGAUUGUGCCAGCCUUAUUGAAGGGAAUGGUAUAUUCUGAAAUAGAUAUCUUAACACUAGAUGGAGGUGAAGAUGAUGCACAUAUUGCUGAUAGAUCAGAAGAUAUUAAGCCUCAGCAUACAAAGGCAAAAAUUCACGAAAACAAGCAUAUCUAUGACGAGUCUUCUCAAAAAAUUCCUAAACUAAAAGAUAAUAGUGAUGAUAAUAAUGAUGAUGAUGAUAAUGAUGAUGAUGAUGAUGAUGAUGAUGAAACUGAUGAUGAAACAUACUCUCAAUGGAAUCUAAGAAAAUGUUCAGCAGCGGCUUUUGAUGUUCUUUCUACAGUAUAUCACAAUAAGCUUUUAGAAGUUUCUAUGCCAUAUUUGAGACAAAAUAUUUUUAGUGAGGACUGGAAAAUAAGAGAAGCAGGCGUACUUGCUUUAGGUGCUCUUGCAGAAGGCUGUUUUAAUGAUAUGACAAAAUUUCUGCCCGAACUAUUCCCUUAUUUAAUAUCUCUGUUGAAUGAUCCUAAACCAUUAAUGCGACAGAUGACAUGUUGGACAUUAGGGAGAUAUGCACGAUGGGCUGCUUUUUUAGCAUCGAGCGAAGAAAGACAAAAAUAUUUUAUCACUCUUCUAGAAGGGUUAUUGCGUACUGUAUUAGAUAACAACAAAAGAGUGCAAAAAGCAGGGUGCAGUGCUUUGGCUAACCUUGAAGAACAGGCUGGGCCAAUUCUUAUCCCUUAUCUUGAUCCUAUUCUUCAUACUUUAGUUAUAGCAUUUCAAAAAUAUCAGCAAAAAAACCUUCUCAUAUUAUAUGAUGCACUUCAAACUCUUACAGAUUCAGUUGGUCAAUCUUUAAAUAAAAAAGAAUAUAUUGACAUUUUAAUGCCCCCUCUAAUUGAAAAAUGGAGUUCUCUUAGUGACGAAGAUCGGAAUCUUUUCCCUUUAUUAGAAUGUUUGUCAUCAGUUACGGUUGCUUUAGGAGAAGGAUUUAUGCCAUUUGCUCCACCUGUAUUUUCUCGUUGUAUAUCUAUCAUACACAAAACUCUAAUGCAAUUAAACCUGUAUAAUCAAGAUCCAAGACUUGAUGCGCCAGAUAAAAAUUUCCUUAUAACAUCUCUUGAUUUAUUAAGUGGCCUUGUAGAAGGUCUUGGACCCAAUUUUGAAUAUUUAAUCAUGCAGGCCGAACCACCUCUUGUACAACUACUAUCAAUUUGCAUUACAGAUCCAUUACCGGAAGUUAGACAAUCAUCAUAUGCAUUGCUUGGGGACUUAUCAAUUUUUUGUUUUCAACAUAUUAAACCAUAUAUAACACCUCUCAUCUCAGAAUUAAUUGGACAAUUAGACAUGCAUCAUGAAUCAUUUGGCGUCUGUAGCAAUGCAGCGUGGUCCGCUGGCGAAAUAUCCUUGAAAAUGGGCCAUGAAAUGUUACCAUAUGUUGAUCCGUUACUAAAUCGACUAAUUAAGCUACUCAAAGGGCCAAAUACACUUCCAAGUGUUCUUGAAAACUGCGCCAUAACCAUAGGCAGACUAAGUUUAACAUGCCCAGACUCAGUAGCUCCAAAUCUCCGAAAUUUUAUCAAACCUUGGUGUUCAGCGUUAAUGAACGUACGAGAUAAUGAAGAAAAGGAUUCAGCAUUUCGUGGAAUAUGUACAAUUAUAUCUAGAAAUCCAGAAGCUAUGACUGAUAUCUUAACCGAUUUUAUGACAGCAAUCAGUAAAUUUCAAAAACCGUCUCCUGAACUGAAUGACAUGUUUUUGAAGAUUCUACAAGGGUAUAAAAGAAUGAUGAAUGAUUGGAACAACAUAAUUUCCAAUCUUCAUCCAGAAACACAGCAACGCUUGCGAGAACGUUAUGCUAUUUAA